GGCGGCGGCGCUGCGCUCGCUCGGCCCCUUUCUGAGCCGGCGCCUCACGGAGGGAGCAUCGCGGAGCCGCCGCCGCCGCCAUGUCCAAGGCCGAGUCUCCAAAGGAGCCCGAGCAGCUCCGGAAGCUCUUCAUUGGCGGCCUCAGCUUCGAAACCACAGACGAGAGCCUGCGCAGCCACUUCGAGCAAUGGGGCACCCUGACCGACUGCGUGGUGAUGAGGGACCCGAACACGAAGCGCUCCCGAGGCUUUGGCUUCGUCACGUACUCCUCGGUGGAAGAGGUGGACGCAGCCAUGAACGCCCGACCCCACAAAGUGGACGGCAGAGUCGUUGAACCAAAGAGAGCCGUGUCCAGAGAGGAUUCCCAGCGGCCUGGCGCUCACCUGACGGUCAAGAAGAUCUUCGUGGGGGGCAUCAAGGAGGACACGGAGGAGCAUCACCUGCGGGACUACUUCGGGCAGUACGGCAAGAUCGAGGUCAUCGAGAUCAUGACCGACCGCGGCAGCGGCAAGAAGCGCGGCUUUGCCUUCGUCACCUUCGACGACCAUGACUCUGUCGACAAGAUCGUCAUCCAGAAGUACCACACUGUGAACGGGCACAACUGCGAGGUGAGGAAAGCCCUUUCCAAGCAGGAGAUGGCCAGUGCCUCAGCCAGCCAGCGAGGCCGCAGCGGCUCCGGGAACUUCGGUGGUGGUGGUGGCCGCGGUGGUGGCUUCGGUGCCAAUGACAACUUCAACCGCGGUGGCAACUUCGGUGGUCGGGGUUAUGGUGGCAGCGGCCCCGGUUACUCCGGUGGCGGUGGCGGCGGCGGCGGUGGCGGUAACCGGGGCUACGGCGGCGGCAGCAGCACCUACGAUGGCUACAACAACGGGGGGGGGGGAUUCGGUGGCAGCGGGGGCCGGCGGCCGGCAAGGGGCCCAGCACUGGCUGUGAGGAACGGGCUGUCCGAGGCAGGCACAGGCAGUAACUUCGGUGGGGGGGGCAGCUACAAUGACUUCGGCAGUUACAACAACCAGGCCCCCAACUUCGGGCCCAUGAAGGGAGGCAACUUCGGGGGCAGGAGCUCGGGGCCCUACGGCGGAGGUGGUUACGGGAGCUCGAGCGGCGGCGGCAGCUACGGGGGGAGGAGGUUUUAACCCCCCCCCUCCCCAGGACCCAACCUUAGUGGGAGAGCCGAGGCACAGAAGGGACAGGGAAGCCGCAGAUCCCCCCCAUGUUGGGGGGGGCCCCCCCCUUUAACAGCAGUUUAAAAGGGGGGGGUCCCCCCACAUCGAAGCCACCCCAAUGUCCUUUGUUGUGUCCUUGCACCCCAGGACUGUGUUUGUGACUCAU